UGCCAGCGCGUGCAAAUGGAGCAAGUGCUGCCGAGGCAGUUGCAGGGUUGUCGUUUUCUUGAAUAAUACCUCCCUUUCCUGUUUCCAAGUUACCAAAGACAUCUACUUUCGAGAGCAUCGGGUCGGAGUUGGAGAUUGCCUGGAAUAGCUUGCAGGUAUUUUGCAAGGCAUGGCGGUCCUCCGUUGAACCCAGGAAAGAAAGGCAAUGAGCCACAGCAUCACCRGGUAGUUUCUUGAUCAAGUCCGAAUUUUGGGACUUCUUGAGAUCCUCGUGGCAUUGUACAGGUUUAUGGCAACAGCAGUCGCAAGUUUCUUCAACUACUGGUGAAGGUGUUGAAGGAGAGGAAGCAACAAAAUCAUCAAUUUUGCUCUCUCCCCGCAUGCGUUUUCGUGGUCUAUCGUUUUCAUCGCUAUUUUCGUGCCCUAGCACGCGAUUUCCGCACGCGAAAACUCCCGUAGGAGGAACAACGAGAAGAGGCGUCCGACUGCCACCAACAUUGUCUCGACGCCUCUUUCUCACCUUGUCUUCUGACAUCUCAGACAUCUUUCCACACACUCCACCAUCUACCGCAAAGUUGAACAAGCCUUGCGGCAGCAACGAAAGAAAGGAACCCCCGAUCAUUUUCAUGCUUGCCACUCGGCUCCCCACCGCCAGAGGGCUAAAAGCUUGUGCCUUUAAUCCCUGAUUAUUCAGGGGGUUGUUUUAUGUCGUCUAUCAUCUGCUGCUACUCGAGCAGACUGAGUUUUUGGGUGUUACGCGCGUUAAAAACAAAAUCCCGGUUGGUUCGAAGCGGUUUUUAGUACUAAAAGUACAGUACGUAGGCAUGCAGCACUCGACUUUGGCUCUGUGAACAGAAAGAUGGCGAAAUGUCGCUAAAUUUGUGUUAUAUGGACAACUGCGAGAUAGUAGAAGGACUUAGUAGUAUGUACGAUAGGGACCUACCUACCUGUACAAUGCUACUGCUAUUACUCAUACUUCCCCGAAUUUUGCUACGACCUCGAAGACGUACCGUAGUACGUCCCCACCCAGUACAGGUAUCUUCUUCCUUGGCCAUCCUUGACGGUAGUACCGUACUACGAGUAUCGUACGGUACGUAGUAAGCCUCAUCUCCUCAUACUAAAGUACUACACUUAAAAUAACAAUUGAAAUUACAU